GAGGGGCGGUAGUCUGGCGCGGCUCCCCGUCCUCCUCCUCAGCCUUAUAUGUACCGUGUGUGCUGCACUCCGGCGACUCUCUGGAAGCCAGCGGCGGAGCUACAGCCUCUUCUGGAGACACCGACCACAGCAACAUGGCUUCGGACAACUUGGAAAUGAACGGCGGGGCUGACCGGAACGGCGACGCGGAGGUCCCGCUGCGAGAAAACAGCAGGAGGGAACCCAGACCCCUGAACAUGAACAACUACGCCAACAAGAAGAGCGUGGCGGAGAGCAUGCUGGACGUGGCUCUGCUGAUGGCCAACGCCUCCCAGCUGAAGGCGGUGUUAGCGCAGGGAUCGCAGUUCUCCUUCUACGUGCCCCUCGUCACGCUCAUCAGCAUCUCGCUCAUCCUGCAAAUCCUGGUGGGAGUGCUGCUCAUCUUUAUCUUCAAGUGGAAUCUGAACGAUCAGAGGAUGCACUACAAGCUGAACGUCAUGGAGAAUUUCGCCACGGCCUUCGUCUUCAUCAUCGUCGUGGUCAACGUUUUCAUCACAGCCUUCGGCGUCCAGAUGCCUGUUCCAAGUUCUUGAUCAUCCCUUUACUUGAUGCCUUGUGAUCAACUCAGUAAAGACGGAUGUCCACGUUGUCCUCCACAGACAGAAGGCAUGCAGGUGCAUUUGGUUCUCUAUAAUUCAACCUCCCAAGCUAGAAGAAAACCAAGGACAAAGAUUUACUGUCUGCUGUGUGAGUGUGUGUGUGUGUGUGUGUGCGUGUGUGUGUGUGUGUGUGUGUGUGUGUUAGAGGUGUUUCCUGACUCUCUAACCACCAACAACUCAUCGUGGUCGUUUCUUCUGUCAUAUAGCACUUCACCAGUUUCUUACCUCCUGUCCUGCUCAGGUUACUGAUGCCUUUACUCAUUAAACUAACAUCAGGAGCAAUAUACUGUAGGUCGCUCACAAACAUUGUGGGGGGAAAACAAAAGACGUUCUUCUCUUAUUUUGAAGCUUUAAACUAUGUUACUGUGCCUGCAUUUUGUUAUAAAAGAAAAAAAAACCCAUAAUAAUCCAAAUGAACUUCCUGACGAUGAGUGCAUCAGGGAUCAGCUUCCCCUCCUGCUGCACGAGGCCUUGUGUGCAUCAGAUGUAGUAUUUAUAGUGUUUUAGAUCUCCAUUGAAUGAUGAAGUGGACCAUAUAGUUGUUUCUUUAAGUGCUAUGCAGGCUAAUGUGUAAUAUUUAAACUGAUUUACAUUUUAUAUCAGGUAAUGUCUGUAAGUCUUGUGGAUUGAAUUAUGUGUUGAAGUUAUUUUUAGGCUUUUUUUAUGACCUUUUUUUUUAAGGACCAAAAACAUAUUCAGCUCCUACUAUAUAUAUAUAUAUAUAUAUAAAUAAUCUUGUACUCCACACUGUGACUCGUAUUUUACAUGAAGUUUGUUAAUAAAACCGCAAAAGUGACAAGA